AUGCUCCAGCGGAGGCUGGCGGCCACAGGCGCAGCCAUUGCCAUGGGCGUGGCCAUCAACCCAGUCCAAACCGCCUAUGCGGAAGCUCCUCCACACAACUCGUACGUCUCGAAGAAGCCGAUGUACGAUGUUGACGAGGAGGACAACAGCAUCCGCCGCAAGAUUGAAAAGUCGCCCUCAAAACCCGCGCCCUCUCAGCCGGAUACUCUAUCACCACAGUCCCCCCUUGUCCGAUCUAGAUCCCCCGGCCCAACCGAUCAACUGGCCGAGCAAGUCCGACAUGUCCGGCUCUUCCUGUACCGCCAUUCCCUCGUUGCGGAAAACAGCUUCAACGACACUGUUUCCCGCGUCCUCCACGCAGAAUCACAAUUCACAAGCACCAUAGCUUCGUUGGCGCCACCGCGUGAAUCUGGUGAACGGCUUCUACCCGGAGGUAUCUACGUACUUGUGUCCGCGAUGGCCGGAUCGAUCGUUUCGCGAAACCGCGGGAUACUCCUCCGAACCGCAUCUCCAAUUGCUGUGGGAACCAUUGCCGCCUGGAGUCUGCUCCCUAUUACAAUGAGGAACGUCUCCGAUUUGGUGUGGAAGUAUGAGCAGAAGGUUCCUGCUCUUGCGGAGAACCACGUCAAGGCUCAGUUUAUGGUAGAGCACUCCGUACAACAGGCCAUCAGGCUCAGUGGUGAAGCCCGAAUUUGGAUGGAAAGCAAAAUUGGUCAAGGCAGAGAGACCAUUGAGAAAUUGAUCAGUAAAGGAGUGUGA